AUGGACCCGGAAGUAAUUGCCGACUGCUUUUCGCGCUACUCCUCGUGGGGCUUCGUGCUGCUCGUCAUCUGCGAGGCGUUCGUCCUCUUCUGGUCGACCAUCCAGGAGGUCUCCUUCGUUCGCGUAGCCCUCGCCGUCUUCAAUUUGGCCACCUAUACCGUCAGCGCCUUUGCGUACCGCCAGUUCUACCGUCGCGGUUUCGUCUACAAUCCGGCCCUAUGCGUGACGUUUGUCCUCCUAUCCGCUACACAACUCAUUGACAUCAUCGUCCUUCUCUUCGAACGCCCGAUAUAUGAGCAAAAUCUGCCGCUGCAAGCCCUCUCGGUGAUGGCAGAAACGGCUCUGCUGUCAAUCAGCGAUCGCUCAGAAAAGGUCAAGGAUGUACUCAAAGCCUCACCCGAAGAGCAUGCGGGCUUCAUGUCAAAAUUGUUCAUGCAAUGGGUCACUCCGCUUGUCAGUGUCGGCUCGAAGAAAGCGCUGGAAACCGAAGAUCUCUACCCGAUUCAUAGCGAGACCAAAUGUGAGAAGCUGCUCCCGAGGUGGGAGGAGCACUGGGCCAAGCGGCAAUAUGAGGCUGCUGAAAAGGGGAAAACACCCUCCCUCGCAUUUGCGUUGUUUGGAAUGUACCGGACAAAGUGGAUUGCGAUGAUGAGCCUACGAUUAAUCGCUGAUUUUCUGAACUUCCUGAACCCGAUACUGUUAAAAUACCUCCUCGACUUCAUCUCCGACCCAGAAGCCCCGUUUUCGCUAGGAAUCGGCAUAGCCCUUUGCAUGUUUAUGGUCUCAGAAGUGCGAUCGUUAAUUAUGAAUCAAUUCAUCUACCGGGUAAUCGUCUACUCCGUCAAGUUGCAGAACAUGCUGGUGAACUCGGUGUUUAGAAAAACAUUACGCCUCUCCCCAAUGGCCAGAAGCACUCGAACCGUCGGCGAAAUCGUAAAUUUCAUGGCGAUCGAUGUGGAGAAGAUGAUCCAAGUGCUGCCUUUUAUCCACAAUAUCUGGUCAACGCCACUACAGAUAACCAUCGCAAUGGUGCUGCUCUGGUUCGUGCUGGGCCCUCCGGCAAUUGGUGGCAUUCUGAUUAUGCUCUGCUUCUUCCCUCUGAACUACUACAGCUCACGGUACCAGAAGCGCUGCCAGAUCGCGCAGAUGAAAGUGAAAGACACCCGGGUGAAGAUGUGCAAUGAGGUCCUCUCCGGCAUCAAGCUAAUCAAGCUAUACGCUUGGGAGGAGGCAUUCGAAGCGAAAAUCAUCGGGAUGAGGGUAGAGGAAGUGAAACAUCUACGAAAAGCUGCACUUGUUGGCCGAGCCGUUGAUGCAGCAAACGCGGCGGCCCCGUUUUUGGUGGCCGUCGUAUCGUUCGGAACUUACGUCCUCUGGUCUGAAGAGAACAUUUUGACACCACAGAAGGCCUUCGUCUCCCUAGCCAUUUUCAACCAAAUCCGGCAACCCAUGAGGAUUAUGGCCCAGUUCAUCAACAACCUCGUCCAGGCCUCUGUCUCCGAAAAACGGCUUCGAAUCUUCCUGAACGCCGAGGAGAUGCGCAAGCACAAGUGGACCAGCAGCGAGCCGAACUUUGCGAUCCAGAUGGAGCAGGUCUCGAUGAACUGGCGAGGCCCCGACUUCAGCGCGGAUCUGCACAACAUUGACCUGGAGAUCCCAGUAGGGUCGAUGACCACCGUAGUUGGGCAAGUCGGAAGCGGGAAGAGCAGUUUGAUAGCGGCAGUGUUGGGCGAGAUGAACGUCUUGGGCGGGUCGGUGAAGCUGACCGGCCGCAUCGCAUAUGUCCCUCAGCAACCGUGGCUCCAAAAUGUCAGCAUGCGCGAGAAUAUCGUCUAUGGGCGCAAAUUUGACGUGUUCUUCUACAAGAAGAUCGUUGACGCUUGCGAGUUGCAGCCGGACUUCUCCAUUUUCCCGCAGGGUGAUCUGACCGAAGUUGGAGAAAAUGGUGUCACCCUCUCUGGAGGUCAGAAAGCCCGCCUCGGAUUGGCCAGAGCCCUGUAUCAAGAAGCCGACAUCUACCUCCUUGAUGAUGUUCUCUCUGCUGUAGAUGCUCACGUCGGAACGAACGUCUUCGAGAAGGUCAUCAGCCGCCGAGGUUUGCUAGCAGGGAAAACUCGAAUUCUGGUCACUCACGGGCUUCAGUACACCCAAGAAGCCGAUAAUAUUGCGGUGAUGAAAGGUGGCCGUAUCAUCCAACAAGGCACCUAUUCCGAGUUAAAAUCUGUUGACGGCACUUUCAACGAGCUUCUCCAAGAAUACCACAAGGCCCAGAAGCAGCUCGACGAGGAGAAGGUGGACAGCGAGACUGCUACCAUCCCCGGAAAACGCCGAACCCGCCUCAGCUCGUCGGUCUCUGAAAAAGCGAAAAGCGGCAAGAAGAUCAACUUUGUCGAGCCGAAAAUGAACAAACCAGAGCACAUUGCGACCGGCAGGGUAGAUAAAUCCGUGUACUGGAUGUUCUUGAAGGCCGCCACGCUCAAGCUUUCAUUGUCAUUUAUCGGAUUCCUGUUGAUGCACUACGUCUUGUUGUCGGCGAGGUCGAUUUGGUUGUCGAAGUGGUCCGAUGCUGAAGCCAGCGUGGCUAGAAACACUACGAUGUCGGUCUACGAACGACUUGGUGUAUACACACUUUUGGGAGCUUUGGAAGUCGUUGCCAUCAUCCUCGCCCUCACCUUCCAAGUGAUGGCCAUGCAAGCAGCGUGUAUUCGACUCCACCAGCCUCUCUUGCACAGUAUUCUCAGAUCCCCAAUGCAAUUCUUCGACACGACCCCGAUCGGCCGGAUCCUUACCCGGUUGAGUCGGGAUCUCGAGGUUGUAGAUGCUCAACUCCCACAAAAUCUUCGCCAAUUCUCGCAGUGUACGUUACAGGUGCUCAUGAUCCUUUGCCUGAUCUCAUACUCCACGCCGGUGUUUAUUCUCGCUAUCAUCCCGCUCACGUUCUUCUACUUUUUGAUAUUGCGCUACUUUGUCCCCACCGCUCGUCAACUGAAAAGAUUAGAAAGUGUCAAAAGAGCUCCAAUCUUGUCCACCUUCGCUGAGACAAUCGUCGGCGCGACCUCAAUUCGAGCUUAUGGCAAGGUCGAUGACACUUGCAACUCCUUUGGAUACAUCGUCGACAAGAAUAUUCAAUGCCGACACCUUACUAUGGCCACGAAUCGAUGGCUAGGAAUACGUCUCGAACUCCUCGGUAACAUCAUCGUGCUCCUCGCCGCCCUGAUGGGCGUCAUCUCAACCCGAUUUUCCGUGAUCAGCCCCGGUCUGCUCGGGUUGUCCGUGUCGUUUGCUUUGAGCAUCACGGAACAACUCAAUAUGGCCGUGCGGAUGCUGGCUGAUCUGGAGUCGAAUAUCGUAUCCGUCGAGAGGAUCAAGGAUUAUACUGGGCUGGAUGAGGAGAUGGAAUGGCGCUCGGAUUGCCCACCAGAUACGCAAUGGCCAGCUGGCGGCAAGAUCAACUGGAGCGAGUACUCCACCAAGUACAGGGAAGGUCUUCCACUCGUGUUGAAAACGCUAUCGGUUACCAUCGACGCCGGAGAGAAAGUGGCGGUUGUUGGGAGAACUGGAUCAGGCAAAAGCAGCUUGACCCUCGGUCUGUUCCGACUUGUCGAACCGGUCGAUGGCCGGAUUACGAUCGACAAUGUCGACAUCUACAACAUCGGGCUGCACGACUUGAGGGAGAAAUUGACGAUUAUACCCCAGGAACCAGUCCUGUUCUCCGGCACCCUACGCUUCAACCUCGAUCCGUUCGAGAAGUAUUCCGACGCGGAACUGUGGGCAGCACUGGAUGCUUGCCAGUUGAAGGACUUCGUUGAAGAUAAGGAGGAGAAGCUGGACUACAAGAUCGCCGAGGGAGGGAAGAACAUGAGUGUCGGUCAACGCCAGCUUGUCUGCCUGGGCCGAGCCAUCCUCCGGAAGGGCCAAAUUCUGAUUCUGGAUGAAGCGACGGCAGCUGUUGAUGUGACUACUGAUGCUCUUGUGCAGCAGGUAAUCCGCGACAAAUUUGCCGACGCUACCGUAAUCGCUAUCGCCCAUCGGCUGAAUACGGUGGCUGGAUAUGACAAAAUCAUGGUGCUCGAAAAGGGUGAACUUGCCGAAUUUGACGCCCCGCAGCGUCUCCUCGCCGACAAAAAUUCGCGAUACGCCCGCCUUGUGGAAAAAUCCAAACACCAA